GGUGCUCGUCCUAUUUUGAAUGAGUGAGUCUUCUAAGUUUGUAUAUAUGUUGCUUUGUUUCUAUCCACUGUGCGGAAUUCAAGUACCUGAAUCCUCGCAAAUCUUCUCUUACUUUUUCAUCCUUCACUCGUUCUUUCUUCUAUCCAAUAUUGUAUAUACUCACCUCCCUAUCUUUCUCUCUUUCUUUUGGUUCCACAGAUCCGGCCUCGCUGCUCGCGAUGAUUCCGAUUCCGAUUCCUCUGAUGGGAUAUGCAUAACGUGUCUGGAUAGAAUCGUAUAUCACAACGGCCACAAAGAGCCUCAUAUUGGGGACAUCGAGUUGGCUUGAAGGGUUUGUUUUCUCAACGAACAACCCAGAAGUUUGGGUUCCGAACAAUCCCAUCCUUUCCUUAUAUUUCUUGAUUUAUUUUAUUUAAUUUAUUCCGAGUCUUUGUGUGUUUUGCGGUGGACUUGGUCGGUUUGAGGUGGGCGGUGGUUCGAUCGAGUUAGAAUGUCGGAGACCUGUAUCAAGACCAAGCCGCAAGCUCGACAAUGUGGCGUGCCGAGAGGAAAAUCAGAAACAAUAUUUUGUAUCUAGUAAAUCCUAUUGUUAUGUUCUACAUGUAUUUAUUUUUUCUACUGUCUGGGACUAGUGAUGUUUGGCCCUUGGGAAGCAGGUACUCCCAUUUUUCUUUAAAUAUACGACUCUUUUCAGACUGGUUGAGGAAGUAUUUACAAGGACAACUAUCAGGUACU